UUAAUGGCAGAGAACAACACUGUGGUGACAGACUUUGUUCUGGUGGGAUUCCAGCUACGGCCAGAGCUUCAGCUGGGCCUCUUCUUCGUGUUUCUGAUUCUUUACCUCACCACCAUUGGGGGCAACCUGGGCAUGAUCCUACUGAUUCAGAGUGACCCUCAUCUCCAGACUCCCAUGUACUUCUUCCUCAGCCACCUUUCUUUCCUGGACAUCUGCUAUUCCACUGUAAUUAUCCCUCAGUUGCUUAAAACCUUAGGAACUGAAAAGACAGUCAUCUCCUUUGAGUGCUGCGCCGCCCAGUUCUUCUUUUUCACACUUUAUGCUAGUACUGAAUGUUUUCUCUUGGCUGUGAUGGCCUAUGACCGCUAUGUGGCUGUGUGUAACCCUCUCCUCUAUGCUGCAGCCAUGACACCAAAGACCCGCCUCGGGCUGGUGGCCGGGGCCUAUAGUGGUGCAAUGGCUAAUUCUGUGAUACGCACUGGGUGUACGUUUUCCCUCUCUUUCUGUAAGUCCAAUCACGUGGAUUUCUUCUUUUGUGACUUGCCACCCCUCCUGAAGCUUGCCUGUAAUGAGACCAAGCCACGGGAGCUAGUGAUCUACCUCUUAGCUUUUUUUGUCAUCACAACCAGCAUUUCAGUGAUUCUUAUCUCCUACCUAUUCAUCAUCAGGGCUAUUCUGAGGAUCCGUACAGCAGGUGGCAAAGCCAAAACCUUCUCCACUUGUGCUUCUCAUAUGACUGCAGUGGCUCUUUUCUUUGGAACUCUCAUAUUCAUGUACCUGAAAGGUAACAUGGGCUCAGCCCUCGGGGAAGACAAGAUUGUGUCUGUGUUUUACACUAUGGUCAUCCCCAUGCUGAACCCAAUGGUCUACAGCCUCAGAAACAAGGAAGUGAAGGGGGCUCUGAAGAAAGCUUUCAGCAGGAUGAAGGUUUCCCAAGCAGUCUAA